AAACUACUAAGGGUAUGUGAGUGUUGGUGUGUUGAAUUAAAAAAAAAGGAAGACUAAAACUAAAACUAAAACCCCACUCAGUCUUCCAGUGAAAAAAGAAAGGCAGCGAUGGAAGAAGACUUCGACAUCCCCGGCGGCGAGGAAAUGGAUCUCGGCGAAGACAAGGUCGGCGAGGAGCGGGAGAUCGGCUCCCGCGGCCUCAAGAAGAAGCUCCUCAAAGAAGGUCAAGGCUGGGAAACCCCCGAAGUCGGCGACGAAGUCCAAGUUCAUUACAUGGGGACUUUGCUCGACGGAACUAAGUUUGAUUCGAGCCGCGACAGGGAUUCUCCCUUCAGCUUCACGCUCGGACAAGGGCAAGUAAUUAAAGGAUGGGAUGAAGGUAUUAAAACCAUGAAGAAAGGUGAAAAUGCUAUUUUCACCAUCCCUCCCGAGCUAGCUUAUGGUGAAUCUGGUUCCCCUCCAACUAUUCCUCCUAAUGCUACUCUCCAAUUUGAUGUUGAGCUGCUGUCAUGGACUAGUGUAAAGGACAUAUGCAAGGAUGGCGGUAUAUUUAAGAAGAUAGUUACUGAGGGGGACAAAUGGGAGAACCCUAAGGAUCCUGAUGAAGUAUUGGUUAAGUAUGAAGUUCAUCUAGAAAAUGGAAAGCUUGUAGCAAAGUCUGAUGGGGUGGAGUUCACAGUCAGAGAGGGUCAUUAUUGUCCUGCAUUGUCAAAAGCUGUUAAAACCAUGAAGAAGGGAGAGAAAGUGCUUUUGACAGUUAAGCCACAAUAUGGAUUUGGUGAGAAGGGGAAGCCAGAACAAGGUGAUGAAGGUGCAGUUCCACCAAAUGCAACAUUGCAGAUUACUCUUGAAUUAGUUUCAUGGAAAACUGUUUCCGAAGUAACUGAUGACAAGAAGGUCAUAAAGAAGAUCCUGAAGGAAGGGGAAGGAUAUGAGCGUCCAAAUGAGGGGGCCAUUGUUAAAGUGAAACUAAUUGGUAAGCUACAAGAUGGUGCUGCCUUUUUGAAAAAGGGCCAUGAUGAAGAAGAGAAGCUGUUUGAAUUCAAAACAGAUGAGGAACAAGUUGUUGAUGGACUUGAUAGAGCUGUAUUGACUAUGAAGAAGGGUGAGGUUGCACUGUUGACCAUUGCACCUGAGUAUGCUUUUGGUUCAUCAGAGUCCCAGCAGGAGUUGGCUGUAGUUCCUCCUAACUCAACUGUUUAUUUUGAAGUUGAGCUAGUUUCAUUUGAGAAAGAGAAGGAGUCCUGGGAUUUGAACACUGAAGAGAAACUUGAAGCUGCUGGUAAGAAGAAAGAAGAAGGAAAUGUGUUGUUUAAAGCUGGUAAGCAUGCAAGAGCUUCCAAAAGAUAUGAAAAGGCUGUAAAGUACAUAGAAUAUGAUUCCUCAUUCGGUGAGGAGGAGAAAAAGCAGGCCAAGACCUUGAAGGUUGCCUGCAAUCUUAACAAUGCUGCUUGCAAGUUGAAGUUAAAAGACUACAAGGAAGCAGAAAAAUUGUGUACCAAGGUGUUAGACCUCGAGAGUACAAAUGUUAAAGCCCUCUAUAGAAGGGCCCAAGCAUAUAUGCAGUUAACUGACUUGGAUUUGGCUGAACUUGACAUUAAGAAAGCUCUUGAGAUUGACCCUAACAACAGGGAUGUCAAAUUGGAGUACAGGACUUUGAAGGAAAAGGUGAAAGCGAAUAAUAGAAAGGAGGCGCAAUUUUAUGGAAAUAUGAUCAACAAGAUGACAAAGAUUGGUUCCUGAUAGCAAUGUGAGUGUUCAUUCCAUCAUGGUUUUAUGAAACCAGCUACCAAGUACCAACGGUAUUGAAUCCGUGGGGACUGGCAACAAAAUCAAAACGUCAUCCAAUAUGGAACGAGUAGAAGUUUAGUCCCUGUUUUCCUGGGGUUUGAUCUUUCUUGUAUGGUUUGUGCACUAGGAAAAUUUGAUGGAUAUUCAUUUCGUAUUUAUUAUGGGAUGUUAACAUAAUUGACUUAAUUAUACGUAUCCCCAUGAACUGAAAUGAUUUGUUUGAGAGCUUAAGCUACUAUAAGAAAUGAAACUGAAUAGAUCAAGGUUUGCUGGGACAACUGGACAAGUGUGUUUUGAUUAGAUAAAAAGAACGUCCAAAAAUAAAAAUUCAUUGUAUAUGUAUAA